CUUCGGGUACAAGCCAGACAACGGUUAGUUAAAAGGUUCCUUCCGGAACCAUGGUGUUAGGGUGUUUGUUAGGUUAGGUUAGGUUAGAGUGGAGACGCUUCCGAAAGCUGAGUCAUCUAUCACCAUGACCUUGCCUUAUGACGCUUGCACCCUCUUCACUACUCGUUCACUUUACGCCUUACAGAUGCUCUCAUUCCUGCCUUCUGUUUCACCUUACGUUCUCUGAGCAAGUUACUAUCAGAUAAAUAGUUUUCCAGAUGUUCUCCUUGCCAGCCUCCACGUACCACUGGCUCUGAAACUAUCACUAAAUCUAUUGGAGCUCACCGCUUCCAUAUCGCACUUUCGAACGAGCAACAUUCAAGGCCGUCGAGGAGCAGCAACUGCUUUGUACCGCAAAGUGGCCUUCUACCGGGAGUUAGUUAGAGAUGUUCUCGGAAUAUGCCUCUCGCUUCCUUGCCCAGUCACAAUCACGACUACUUCCUCACUCUGAUGAAACACGCAGGAAAGGUCAUGGACGACUGAUGCAGCAACCGGGAAGCUCCCGCUUUCCAUCCUCACGUUCCUUUUUGCAAAGAGCAACCCUUGACCCAUAUCAACCAGCGGCAUCUCAAAUUUCUAACCUUCCUCUUGGGUCUCGAAACCUGGCCCAGCAUGCGCCUCUUUUCUACAGUGCUACUGAUGAUUUUUGUGAAGAGGAUGAUGAAGCAGAGCAUGAGCGUGAGAUCGCGGACUUCUAUGCCCUCCAGAAAUCAAGGCGAGAUUUCGGCAGUAGUCAUCUGAAAGCUUCUUCGGAGAUCGAUGAAGAUGAUGACUAUUCAAAUAGCGUUGAGGACUCUGGAAAAUCUAGAUAUGGAAUAUACAGCAGGGCGCAAGGCAUCAGAAGCUCCUGGCGUGCUGGGACGUCCUCCCACGGAGAGCGAGACACGAUUGCUGAGACCGUACCCGAGGCUGUUGAGGUCGAAGAUGGACCACCUAUGGACAAAUAUAAUACCAGAGCUAGGGAGAACCUAGUUGACGUUCAUCUCGAAGAUAGCCUGCGAUCUGCGUCGGAUGGUGAUAGAGCUGAUUCUUCAGAGGCAGGUGACGAUAAUCCUCCCUCAAUACAACGAUUUCGGGGUGAGUCUCUAUCACGGAAGGGCAAUUUCGGCAUAGAUUCAUUUUUCAUGCCCAUGGGAACGGACAGGCAACCGUUGAUAAACGGUCCCCGCCAACUAAGUCCCACGAACCCUGUUCAGGCCUCUUUUUCCCCAGUAAGACCCGAAUCGCCUGUGCACGAUGUCUUUUGGGGCCAACUCUUUUUAAUAUCCAUCGCUUGUCUUUUCGCUACUUCUUUCCUUGUCUACCUCCAUACUUCCACACCUUCGGGGGACAAAUCGAAGUGGGGCGACACGAUAUACUUGACUAUUCAUUCCUCGUUUUAUCUGCUUGGUUUCUAUACUGUUGCCUCGGUUUUCGUCUCACUGCUUUGGCUUGCACUACUGCGGUCCUACAUACGUCAACUCGUAUACGUUAUCAUUUUCGCUGUUCCAGUGAUCUUAUAUUCCUUCUCUCUUUAUCCAUUUGUUUCAAGCUUCAAAGGCACCUGGCAUGGAACAAGCAUACAGGAUAAAGUAAUGAGAUGGGGAUCAAUUGCCCCGUUCAUUAUAGCUAGCGUGUGGAUAUACAAUGUAAUUCGGGGCCGUCAUGCUAUAGGCAAAGCGAUCAGAAUUCUCGAAUUUGCAUGUCGGAUCCUCGCCUCAAACCCGGAACUACUGAUCCUUGGUCUUGGUAUUCUCGCCUUCAUCGUUUCAUGGACAUGGUUGUGGAUACUUAUGUUCACGCGGGUAUUCCUAGGAGGAAACAUAACGGGACCGGGUCGUUUCAUCGUCAGUUUCAGUAGUUGGUGGCUCGGGGUCUAUUUCAUUCUUGUUUAUGCCUGGUCACUGGGAGUCAUCGCUGGCAUUCAGCGUGCAGUUACGGCUGCUACAGUGAGCCAGUGGUACUUUCACCGACUCACUUCCCCUGCCCCGACUUCAAGACAGAUUGUUUGGGCAGCAAUUGUUCACUCACUCACAGCUUUAUUUGGCACGAUUUGUUUGUCCAGAUUAAGUGCACUCCUUGUUCGACUUCCUCUUCUCUUACUUCCGAGUCGUGCCACCUCUGUUUUGAGCUUGUUCGCUUACUCCGUUGUGCCCACUCCAGUCACAACACUCACAGAUCCUCUUGCACUCACUUAUGCUUCAAUACAUUCACAGCCGCUGGUGGUAUCUGCUCGAAGUCUUGCCCGGAUGACAACUCUUUCGCCCACCAUAAUUAAUUCCUCACUUCAUCCUCGGUUCUAUUCACGAUCACAUGAAAGCAUGACACCUCUUCUUUCCUAUCGACUUUCAAAAUUGAUCCUCCACGCUGCCCGACUCAUGAUGUCUCUGGGUCUUGGGUUUGGGGGUUGGGUGACUACUGCUCGUGACCUAGGUGUGUCGAGCGGUAGCGGUGUUAUUAGAGGCAGCGUAUAUGCUUAUGUUGUCGGGCUAAUUGCGGGGACGAUUGGCUGGAGUGUACUGGGAGCAAUAGAGCGUGUAAUAGCCGAUAUUGUAGAUGCCUCCGUCAUCUGUUGGAGCAGCGAGGUUGGCGCGUAUGGUAGAGAAGCUAGGUAUUGUCGGGAAGCUGGCUGGCUCUUUGGCGAGGGAUCAAAUUUGGACUCAAGCUUUACACGUCAUCGAGAGGCAACUUGAUUGUCUGAAUGGUUGUACUCAUUACAUAGCAUUAGCACAAUGCUAGGUGGGUGCUGUUCUUAGCCCUCGGCGCAAACUUGUCUCAUUUCCCCCCCUUCGCCUCCUUCUUUUCAAACGGCCAUAGAUUGUUUUAGCCUGGGAAAGCCAUGAUUCCGGUUUAACUAAAGGUUUUAGCGUUUCAAGUAUCGAAAAGAGCGUCUAUUUGGAUGUAUUAGCAGUGGAGUUUCUGGGAAAAGCGAGAGAUAUGCAGAUCGGUGCAUCGUGGAUCUAGAUCUCGACGAGUCUUAUAGUACUUGGCUAUGGCCUUCCUAUUUACUUGCAACUCAUCGGUAUUACAGCAGAUACAUACAUGGAACAGCGAGGAUUUGGGAUAUAGACACUAAAUUUGAUUGCUGCAUAAUGU